CCUCCCCCCGCCCCCCUUCCCCUUUAUUGUGUUUGAUACACACUUUUUUAUACUGGGGGCUUCAUAAACGCGGUGACUAACGAGGAAACGGCCGGCUGGUGGCAGGAGAAUGACCAAGCCCGACAACGUCGAUCGGGUGGAUCACACAGGACGGCCCGAGAAGACGGGGAGGGGUGGGGGUGCCGAUGAUGCCGAGGGGGCUUGCGGCAUGCUCGGUCCGUCAUUGCCAGCAGAACCGGACGAGCCGGGACAGCCAUCGGCGAUCCCUGGACGUGGUUUCUCAUUUUCGGGUCGUCGCGUUUGUCACGCCCGUUUCCUCCGAGCGAAACUCCCUAAGUGGACGACAUUCGAGCCUGCCCCGGAACUGAGGCGCGUACGUCCCCCGGUCUUGGGCAACAUCGAGCCCAGGUUUCGCACAUCAAACGCGGUUAAAGAGCAAUGCCGCCCGACAAGCUUUUCGUCUCUCCCAAGCUCGGGACUUUGGUCACAAGGUGACGGUUACGGGUCACAUCGUCCCGGCGCGCCACGCGAGGAAGAGUCGACUGCAGAGAUCGCCUCGUCCUGCACCGCCGUCCAGCCUCAGAUACAGCCCGGCGGCGUCAUAUCGUCACAUUGCUGCGACCCGAGAGGAUGCGAUGGCUGCCUUGACGCAUGGCGUGCUCCACUUACGCCCUGUGGACUUAUAUUCUUGGGCGUCAACGUCCCUUCAUUGGGGGUCCAGAGCUGGGCUACAUUCAUUAAUAGUGGGCUCUGUUUCGAUGCAGUCUCUCCAUUCGCAGUCGUGGCAUCCCGCCAUUCGGGGCCUCGCAGGCGAGGGAUCGAAACGGAGCACCGUCGUGGCCCGUAUCGGAGACAUAUCCAGGCAUCUCAAAUGCGGAAAAACAGGGCUGUCAAAAUCUUCAAUUUCAUGGCUGUAGGAGCUAGCCAGCCUCCUGGUUGGGUUGCUGGGCUCUUGUGAUCUCUUAGCUCGAGACGAGCGGCCGGCCUACUGACGCGUCUUUGUUAGGAUGCAUCUGCGGAUGUGCACGUCUAUUACCCGCGUCGCAAGGCCUGCUUUCCGGCGCCC